AUGUCUAUUAGCUGUGCGGAGCGGUUGCCGGAAAAGGUGGGGGGAAGGGGCGCACUGGGGGGAGGGGCGGAGUGGGGGGAAGAAGGGGAGGCAGGGGAAGCAGGGGAAGGCGUUAUUGCAGGGGGGAAGGGAUCGGGGGAGCAUGGGGAGGAGCAGGGGAAGGGGGAGCAAGAGGGUGGGGGAGAAGGCGGAUGGGGGAGGGGGAAGGGCGGGAGUGGGGCGGAAAAGGGAGAGCUUGGUGGUGGUAGGGGUGCUGCUGGGCAGAGUGGGAGUGAAAUGGGCGGCAGUGGCAUGGGGAUGGGCGGCAGUGGUGCUGCAUUGGCGCGCACUGGUGUUGGUGUGGGCGGCAGUGGGACUAUAGGUGCAGCGUGGCGGCGAAUCAUGGGGAAUACGAGCAAGGAAGGGAGGCUGUAUGAUGGUGGCAAGGCUGGUGCUGUGGGUGUGAGCACAGGCGCAGGCACAGGCAUGGGUAUGGGCAUGGGCGUGGGCAUGGGCAUGGGUAUAGGCAUGGGCAUGCAUGGGGAAAUGGGGGAGGGGAUAGUUCGUACUGACAGCUCAUGCCUUGACGCUGUUGUGAACCCCCUCAGGCGUGUUGCGUUCCAACCCCCUGCUGCUGCUCCUGCUGUUUCCGCUGCUGCUGCUGCUGCUGCUGCUGCUGCCGGCACUGCUGCUACAGCUGUUGCUGCCACCGCUCCUGCAUUUGCCCCUGCUACAGCUUCUCCUGCUACAGCUGCUGGGCCUCUCCCUUCCGCUGCCCUUCCCCUGCAAGACACGCAGGCCUCUCACGCCCAUCCAUCCCACAUUCAUACCUCCCACGCCCAUGCCCCCCAUUUACACCCGUCCAAACGUCUCAAGCUGUUUCCCAGCCCGUCCCCUAGCCCGCUCCCUAGCCCUAGGGCUGCUGCUGCCGCUGCUGCCGCCGCCGCCGCUGCUGCUGCUGCUGCUGAUGGUUCUGCUGGUGGUGCCGCUGGUGGUGGUGGUGCUGCCGCGUCUGCUGCUGCUGGUGGUGUUGCCGCUGGUGCUGUUGGUACCAGUGGUGUUGCGGUUAUGCAUUUCCCUCGAUCUCGUUCCACUGGCGGUGCUGGUGCUGCUGCUGGUGCUGCUGCUGGUGCUGCUGCUGCGACUAUGCAUUUCCCUCUGUCUAGAUCAGUUGGUGCUGCCACUGCUGACGGUGCAACCAUGCGUUUCCCUCACUCUCGUUCCACAGGCUCAGAAGGUGGGUUAGGGAGGCUGGGAGGGACUGAUAGGGACCUGUGGGGAGGGAUGGAGGUGGCAAACGGCUUGCCUGCUGCUGCUGCUGCUACGGCUGUUUCCCCUGUUGCUGGUGCUGCUGCUGCUGCUGCUGCUGCUGCUGCUGGGGGUGCGACCAUGCGUUUCCCUCAGUCUCGAUCCUUAGGUUCCGAAGGCAGGUUGGCAGGUGGAGAAAGCGGGAGGCCGGGGAUGACUGGGACCAUGGUAGGGAUGGGUAACGAGGUGUGGGGAGGGGUGCACGUGGGUAAGGGAGUGCACGGAGGAGUACAAGGGGGAAUUGAUCUGAACCAAGUGCGUCUGAGCCCUGUGCCCCAGACAGGGAUGUCGGGGAGUGCUUCUGAGUCAACUCAAACGUUGCAUUCUGUGCUGGGUGUGGGCAUGGGCAUGGGGGAAAGGGCAGGGGGAGCAACGGGGAUGGGGGAAGGGGUAGGGGGAGCAACGGGGAUGGGGGAAGGGGUAGGGGGAGCAAUGGGGAUGGGGGAAGGGGUAGGGGGAGCAAUGGGGAUGGGGGAAGGAGAUGUGGGCGCAGCAUUGCUGCGGCUUGUGGGGGGGAGUCUGUGGGGGGCGGGUAUGGCGGAAGGAGGGGCGUUGGCAGCCCUGCUGGCGAGUGUGUUGGGAGGGAGCAGUGGGGGGAAGCUUCCCUUAAGCCUCACUGGUAAUGCUGCUGCCGUGGGCCUUACUGGGGUUGCUGCUGCUGCUGCUGCUGCUGCUGCUGCUGCCGGUAGUGCUGGCACAUGCUCCGCUGGGCUCAAUCCAGCCGUUGGAUUGGGUGCUGCUGGGCUCAAUCCAGCCGUUGGAUCGAAUGCUGCUGGGCUGAAUCCAGCCGUUGCCCCACCUAUGACUUGCAGGGGGAGCCUGUGGGGCGCGGGUGAGGGGAAGGUAAGUGGGAAGUCUGGGGGGAAGGGAGGAGGGUGUGUGCGACCGAGGAGGAAGAGUGGUGCAGUCACCAAGCUGUGUGCUGCUGCCUGGAAGCGGAGGGACCGCAUAUCGCGGCACAUCCGCACUUUACAGGGGCUGGUACCCUCGUCCACCAAGACAGAUGCUGCCACUGUGCUGGCUCAGACCAUCCGCUACCUGCGCGGCCUUGAAAGCCAAGUCGCUUCUGAGGGUGUGGUGCUGGUGCCCGCUUCCACCAAGACAGAUGCCGCCACGGUGCUGGCUCAGACCAUCCGCUACCUGCGCGGCCUUGAAAGCCAAGUCGCGGCAUCCACCAAGGCAUAUGCUGCCACUCUGCUGGCUCAGACCAUCCGUUACCUGCUCGGCCUCGAGAGCCAAGUCGCGGUGAGUUUCAGCAGUGUGAGGGUGUGGUGGGGGAAGGGAGUGUGUGGUGCUGGUGCCUGCAUCCACCAAGACAGACGCCGCCACAGUGUUGGCUCAGACCAUCCGCUACCUGCGCGGCCUCGAGAGCAAAGUAUCGGUGAGUGGAGUGAGGGUCAAACCAUUGGUGCUUAG